AUGGAAGGAAUGGUAGAUCCAGAAACCAUCUACAUGAGACAGAACUGCAUCGGUGGUGGAAGCUUUGGACGAGUUUACAAGGGUGUCGAUAAGCGUACAGGAACGUCCGUCGCAAUCAAAAUCAUUGAUGUCGAAAAUGCCGAAGAUGAAGUUGAAGACAUCAUUCAGGAGAUUGCCAUUUUGUCGGAACUUGAUUCGCCAUACGUGACGAAAUAUCAUGGCUCCUUUCUCAAGGGCUCCCACUUGUGGAUCAUCAUGGAAUUCUGCUCUGGAGGAAGUUGCAGCGACCUACUCCGUCCGGGGCCAAUCCCAGAGGAAUAUAUCACAAUCAUCAUGAGAGAACUGUUGCGCGGCCUGGAUUAUUUGCAUAAUGACAAAAAGCUGCACCGUGACGUGAAAGCUGCCAAUAUCCUCCUCACUUCUAACGGCCAGGUGAAGCUCGCGGAUUUUGGUGUCUCAAGCCAACUCUCAGCCACGAUGACAAAGAAAAAUACCUUCGUGGGAACCCCGUUCUGGAUGGCUCCAGAAGUCAUCAAACAGUCGGGAUAUGAUUAUAAAGCUGAUAUCUGGUCUCUGGGAAUCACCGCCAUAGAGUUGGCUCUUGGCGAACCACCUUACUCUGAUAUCCAUCCGAUGAAGGUCUUGUUCUUGAUCCCAAAGAAUGCUCCUCCCACACUGCAGGGGCCGUUCAGCAAGACGUUCAAAAAUUUUGUCGAAUUGUGUUUGCGGCGUGACCCAAGAGAGAGACCUUCAGCCAAGGAAUUACUGGAGCAUCCAUUUGUGAAGCGGGCAAGGAGAACGACAUAUCUCACUGAAUUGAUUGAGCGCUUCGAGGGCUGGCAGAUUCGCAGUGGCGUCCAGGUUGCUGGGGCAGAUGAGGAAUAUUUACAAGAGCCUCUGUCUGGUAAGAAAGACACCGAACAUGAGGAAGACUUGUGGGACUUUGGCACAGUUCGCCCUGCCGGACGCACAUCAGCUUUGAACCAUUUGAAAGCGUCGGGUGCAAACGCGAGGAAUCAUGAUCAUGCAGAACGAUCAAUCCCGGGCGAGCAUCGCGAAGAGAAAUUGAAACCAAGCUACUUUCAGCCAGACUCACCGAAAAAGAGAGGCUCUGCUCCUGUGACUAGUGCAUCUCCCACUAAGGUCCCAUUGCCCCCGUCGCCAGUGAAACAGAAAGCUGCAGACGUCAGACCCCCACAAACCCCUACACGCGCUCAGAAACCAGUUGCUGGGAAACCUAAAGAGAGCCCUAGCACAAGCGAGUACAACAGAGCUCUACAACAGUCUCUAGCACAGGAUUCAGUGUUUCUUCAACUCGACCUUUCGCCAAGCAGCUCAUCAGGUCAACCAAAGCAUCGAACCGGCGCUUCAGCCGCACCGAAAGACGUGUCGUUUCAUGAGCGAAAGCCACCUCCUACUCCUUCAAAAUACACCGAACAAAAACCUUCCACAAAAGUGGAGGUUCGAUCUGAACAACAUCCUCACUAUCUCCCACAUCCACGUCCUCCACCCACCCCAAAGCAUACCUCAUCCCAGCCGCCUCGACCGAAACACACAACACGCCCCAUGGACGACCCCAACAACCCGUUUCGUCAUUUCGCCCCCAGGCCGCUUGAUGCUCAGAUCCAGGACACUGAACUAAUAUUGACCAGAGAUCCUGAUCUCGAAGCAGUCACGCCUCUCACCAGUGUUAUCAUCCCCGCUCUGAAAGCUGCUGUACGUCGCCGUGCGGGUCAGACAGAACUUAUUGCACGCCAGGCUAUGCUGCAUAGUGGCGAAGAUCCAGAGAAGCUUUUCGAGAUUGAUGCCACUCGCAAAUACGUUCAGGAGAUGGUUGAAAGCAUUGUCAACGAUCUCGUCCUUUCGUUCUCUCGCCUUGACGGUUGGGAUAACGAAUCGCCGGUUGGAAUGGGCUCGGGCGUCGUUUCGUUCCUUGAGGGCUUCCUCGAGGAGAUUCUCGUUCGUAUUGAGCUUCCUGUGGACGGUGAGGACGAGAAAGGUAAACAAACAGAGACCUCCGACACGUCCAACGCAUCUAUCACGGCCAAUGCAUCUACGACCUGA